AUGAAGGUCAUCCCUCAGCAAACCCUGCUGGCCUCGCCCGAAGUCCUCACGCCGGGGCUCCUUAUCAUUGCCGCACUGGCUGCCUGGGGUUCUGGGCAUCAUUUCCGGCCUGGACUAUCCCAAUGGUUUCACCCAAACAUCACUGGCGUGGAGGCGGAAAAUCUACUGUUGACCAGAGGAGUCGAUGGCAGUUUUUUGGCGAGGCCUAGUAAAAGUAACCCCGGAGACUUCACACUUUCAGUUAGAAGAAAUGGAGCUGUCACCCACAUCAAGAUUCAGAACACGGGUGACUACUACGACCUGUACGGAGGGGAGAAGUUUGCCACUUUGGCUGAGCUGGUCCAGUAUUACAUGGAACAUCAUGGGCAGCUGAAAGAGAAGAAUGGAGAUGUUAUCGAGCUCAAAUAUCCACUGAACUGUGCAGAUCCUACCUCUGAAAGGUGGUUUCACGGUCACCUCUCUGGGAAAGAAGCGGAGAAAUUACUGACUGAAAAGGGAAAACACGGUAGCUUUCUUGUCCGAGAGAGCCAGAGCCACCCUGGAGAUUUUGUUCUCUCUGUCCGCACAGGUGACGACAAAGGCGAGAGCAAUGACGGCAAGUCUAAAGUGACCCACGUCAUGAUCCGCUGUCAGGAACUGAAAUAUGACGUUGGUGGAGGAGAACGGUUUGAUUCCUUGACAGAUCUAGUGGAGCAUUAUAAGAAGAAUCCUAUGGUAGAAACAUUGGGCACAGUACUCCAACUUAAGCAGCCCCUCAACACAACUCGUAUCAAUGCUGCUGAAAUCGAAAGCCGGGUUCGAGAAUUGAGCAAAUUAGCCGAGACCACAGAUAAAGUCAAACAAGGCUUCUGGGAAGAAUUUGAGACACUACAACAACAGGAGUGCAAACUUCUCUACAGCCGAAAAGAGGGCCAGAGGCAAGAAAAUAAAAACAAAAAUAGAUACAAAAAUAUCCUACCCUUUGACCACACCAGGGUGGUCCUCCAUGACGGUGACCCCAACGAGCCUGUGUCUGACUACAUCAACGCAAACAUCAUCAUGCCUGAAUUUGAAACCAAGUGCAACAAUUCGAAGCCCAAAAAGAGCUACAUUGCCACACAAGGCUGCCUGCAAAACACGGUGAAUGACUUUUGGCGAAUGGUGUUCCAGGAGAACUCUCGAGUGAUCGUCAUGACGACAAAAGAAGUGGAGCGAGGAAAGAGCAAAUGCGUCAAGUACUGGCCGGAUGAGUAUGCUCUCAAAGAGUAUGGGGUCAUGCGUGUCAGGAAUGUCAAAGAGAGUGCUGCUCAUGACUACACACUCAGAGAACUGAAACUCUCGAAGGUUGGACAAGGGAAUACAGAGAGAACGGUCUGGCAAUACCACUUUCGGACCUGGCCGGACCAUGGCGUGCCCAGUGACCCCGGGGGCGUGUUGGACUUCCUGGAGGAGGUCCACCACAAGCAAGAGAGCAUCAUGGAUGCAGGCCCCGUCGUGGUACACUGCAGUGCUGGAAUUGGCCGGACAGGAACAUUCAUCGUGAUUGAUAUCCUUAUUGACAUCAUCAGAGAGAAAGGUGUUGACUGCGACAUUGAUGUUCCCAAAACCAUUCAAAUGGUGCGGUCUCAGAGGUCAGGGAUGGUCCAGACAGAAGCACAGUACCGGUUUAUCUACAUGGCCGUCCAGCAUUAUAUCGAAACACUACAGCGCCGGAUCGAAGAAGAGCAGAAAAGCAAGAGGAAAGGGCACGAAUACACCAACAUUAAGUAUUCCCUAGCGGACCAGGCAAGCGGCGAUCAGAGUCCCCUUCCGCCGUGUACGCCAACACCAGCCUGUGCGGAAAUGAGAGAAGACAGUGCCCGGGUCUAUGAGAACGUGGGCUUGAUGCAACAGCAGAAGAGCUUCAGAUGAGAAGUCCUGCCGCGACUUCAGCACUGAGACAGAUGUGGACUUUCACCUUUUCCCCCAAAAAUAUGAAGAACAGAUGUGCAAGGGAGCUUAUGUGAAGAAUGAAUUUGGACAUGGAAGACUCACACUGUGGCUGACUACCUUUUGAUAAGCAAAAUUUGAAACCAUUGAAAGACCAUUGUAUUCCAGUUCAGCAUUUCCUCAGAUAAGAAGAAAUCAUCUCUACAAUGUAGAAAAUGUUACAUUUUAUAGAGCUUUGUUUUAAAUUGAAGCAGUCAAACUGUGCUCUGUAUUUUAUAGAUUAUGGGGAUUCAAAUUCUAGUUAUGAAAAUGUCUUUUUUCUUUGAAUAACCUUAACCAUUUUAAAGUUUUUUUUGUUGGGAUGAUAGGGGCACUUGAAGCAAGAAAUGAUUUGGAAAAAUUAAAUAACAACAUCCUUGAGAAGUGAGAAUGAUUUCAUUUAUCAUCGCUUAUUGUCUUAAUCUGUUUUGUGUUGCCUAACAGAACAUAGAGAGCAUAAUUUAUAAUGAACAGAUUUAUUUCUUACAGUUCUAGAGGCUUAAAGCCCAAGGUCAAGGGGCCAUGUCUCAUGAGGGCCUCUAGCUCCACCAUAACUUGUCCGAAAGCAUCACGGGGAGAAGACAGCUUGAGGGCUCGCUUUAUAGCACCCCCGAGAAGAUGUGGACCCAUUCUUGUGGCCGAGCCCUCCACCUAGUCUCCCGUGACAGCUCCCACUUCUCAGCACUGUGGCAUUGGGGUUUCUUCUCAAAUGUGCGUACUUUGGGGACACAUUUAACCACGGCAUUUAGCAGUAGACAGUUCACUUUGGUGGCUUCCUUUUUUGGGGUGCUGAAUGAUCACGAGGCCAGUGUCUCAUGACUGCCUGCCUUUGUAUUGCCAUUCUGCCAUUGCAAAGUCACGGGGAAUAAAUCAGAGAGAUGGCUGAAGCAGGAUAACAGGUGUGUUUUCUUAGCAGAUGACCACCUGCCACUCAGCUGUUGAGAGAGGGUUGUGAUGGGAAACAGGUGCCUUGCUUUCUUUGCAUUUCAGUAAUUGUCUUGUGUUUAGACAACGGGCAUCUGGAUGGCCAAGGUCUUGGUUUUCCAGGGCUGCUGACCUCCGCCCCCAUUCAUUGUUCUUCUGUCUUGGCGCGUGGUCAUUCGUGUGUCUGACAGGUUGGCUGAGACGCAGGUGGCUGGAGUCCUUAGGGUCCCUCCUCCAUGUGGUCUCUGCAUCACCUGCCAGGUGAGCGUGAAGACUUUUACAUGGCAGAGGUGCCCAGGCCCUCUUCAGACAUAAGCCUAGGCCUGCCGUAGCCCCCUCCUAUGGCUCAUAAUCAGUGACACAAAGCUCAUGAAGAAGGUGUGCAGUGGAGGUGAAGUUCAUGGGGCCAGAGGUCUGACGGGCAGCCACAGCCCAUGCCAUGGAAACAGCUCUGGUGAGCGCGAGCAGAGGCAGCUGUGACCGUGGGAAGCUGAAGCUGUUCGCAGUAACUGGUCGAAGCUGCGUGUCAGAUGAGAAAUGGACAGAGGGCCUUCCAGAAGCUUCUGAGCCAGCUCGGAGAGGGCUGAACCUACUUCCUGAACUAUCACUCGGGGAAACUGGUCUGGAAGGGAUGGUGUUGUGUAAGGAAGGGGGACGGCAUUUGAAAGCGGAGCAAUCCCAUCCAUCUUUGCGGCCCCUGCAGCCCUUGGCCAGGGUGAUGCUUUCUCGACGCCCCUGGUUCAGUCAGGCCUUGCCCGCAUGCACAGUCAGCACAGUGAGGAGCAGUUGGAAUCAGGCCUCUUGUCAGAUUGAAUGAGCCCAUUUUUUUGGAACCAGUAGGUUCUACCUUAAGUGCCUUCUCUGAAGACAUCCCCCUUUGCUUCCUGUUCAGUCAUAAUUCAGUGAGAAUAUUUCGAUGAAAACUUUAUGGGCUGGCUUUGUAAUGAUAGUAAUGCGCCCUGUGUCCUUACUCAGAUCCUUCUUGGUGUGGCUCCUGAUGAAGGACUAGUCCCCACCUUCCACUCUCUGGAAAGCCAGAAUAGCUGGGGGCGUGCAGUGACUGCCUUUGUCAUAGAUAAAAUGUGUGAUUCCCACAUGCAGGAAGGCACAAUUGUUUCAGAGCACAAGUGUGGCCUCAAGGUGCCACCUUACUAGGGGAGGUAAUGACUCCUGUCUUCUUGUCAAGCCUACAAAGGAAGAGACUCCA